GUCAGUGACUUCCGUCCUGCUCUAAACCCCGCCAAAACCCUAAAUCGUAUCAUUCUUCUCGCUCACCUCCGUCGUAUCAAAAGCGGAUUUCAAUCAGCUCUGAAAACCUAGAAAAAUGGAGGUGGAAGUAGCAGAAGAAUCAAGGGAGUUGACUAACAACGUCAUGUGUCAAUUAGCUGACCCGGAGGGAACGCCGCUCGGUGCUUCCAUGUAUCUUCCCCAAAGCGUUGGCCCCAAGGAGCUUCAACAGAUGGUUAACAAGUUGCUCAACAAUGAGGAAAAGCUGCCAUACGCCUUUUAUAUAUCCGAUCAAGAGCUUGUUAUACAACUAGGAGAUUAUUUGCAGAAGAAAAAAGUUUCUGUGGAGAAGGUAGUCACAAUAGUGUAUCAACCACAAGCAGUCUUCCGCAUUCGUCCAGUUAAUCGUUGCUCUUCUACAAUUGCGGGUCAUACAGAGGCUGUACUUUCAGUUGUUUUUAGCCCUGAUGGACAACAGCUGGCUAGUGGUUCAGGUGACACAACUGUCCGCCUCUGGGACUUGAAUACCCAAACGCCUAUGUUCACCUGUACAGGGCACAAGAAUUGGGUUCUCUGUGUUGCAUGGUCACCAGAUGGCAAACAUCUAGUAAGUGGAAGCAAGUCUGGAGAAAUCCAAAUCUGGGACCCACGGACAGGAAAAGCUUCUGGCAAUCUGCUUACUGGCCACAAGAAAUGGAUUACUGGUAUAUCAUGGGAACCAGUACACCUCAGAUCGCCAUGUCGUCGCUUUGUCACCUCCAGCAAAGAUGGUGAUGCACGAAUUUGGGAUGCUACAUUGAGGAAAACUGUUAUUAUUCUAAGUGGUCAUACUCUUGCAGUCACUUGUGUAAAAUGGGGUGGAGAUGGAGUCAUAUACACAGGAUCUCAAGAUUGUACAAUCAAAGUAUGGGAAACAACUCAGGGAAAAUUGAUUCGUGAGUUGAAGGGUCAUGGACAUUGGGUGAAUUCUUUGGCAUUAAGUACUGAAUAUGUUUUACGGACUGGAGCUUUUGAUCAUACACGUAAACAAUAUUCAUCUCCAGAAGAGAUGAAAGAGGCAGCUUUAGAAAGAUACAACAAGAUGAAGGGUGAUGCUCCUGAGAGGUUAGUUUCAGGUAGUGAUGAUUUCACCAUGUUCCUCUGGGAACCUUCUAAAGACAAGCGUCCCAAAACUCGAAUGACAGGUCAUCAACAGCUGGUAAAUCAUGUUUACUUUUCACCUGAUGGACUAUGGAUUGCAAGUGCUUCAUUUGACAAGUCUGUCAAGUUAUGGAAUGGCGUUACGGGAACGUUUGUUGCAGCCUUUCGGGGUCACGUGGGUCCCGUUUAUCAAAUAAGUUGGUCUGCUGAUAGUAGACUUCUCUUGAGUGGUAGCAAGGACUCCACACUCAAGGUUUGGGAUGUGAGGGAAAAGAAGUUGAAACAAGAUCUUCCAGGUCAUGCAGAUGAGGUUUUUGCUGUGGAUUGGAGUCCAGAUGGUGAGAAAGUUGCAUCGGGUGGUAGGGAUAGAGUUUUGAAGUUAUGGAUGGGUUAAAGUGUUAUAAAGUUAAGAAAGCUUUAUGUAUAUCAAGAUGUAGAUUUUAAAGCAUCAUAUAUACACA